AUGAUAUACACAAGACCAAUGGUGCCGGAUACGCUCAUCUUUAUCAUCCCUAGGCACGUCACUUCCACAGUACCACAAGUCAAGGUCGAUACCAUCUUCGCUCGCCGCAACUCACUUGCUAAGGUAGUCACCACUACACCACCAAAACCACAGCCUCUUGCUCGCGCACAAGGUACUCUUCGUACAUCACAUAUACCUCAUCUACCUCAUCUCCAUCCUGCCCUCCACACCAGAGUCUCGUCACUCGUCCACCAAGAAGUACAGAAGCUGGCCGAUAUUCCGGGAAUGAGGGUCGAACUGGUUCUCUAUUGGGUUCCAGCCAAUUAUGGCGUGACGCGCCAAAAGGAAGCGGGCAAGAUCGCCAUGAAAUGCCGCAAAAACGGCAAAAGCAUGUUCUUUGUGAACGAUGAAGAGAGGCCCAGUGAAGACUUGCCGAAGUCAGUCUCCUUACUUGUCAGAGAUGUCCUAAUUCUGGAGCGUCUCCGGAUCAACAAGGAAAGGAGGGCUAACGGAAAGGCAAGCCCGGCAACUACGACCCACCGGAAGGUAGCUCGCGCAAUCGCCGAGCCUGCCAUGAACCAAGACCGCCCCGCCUUGUCUCCUGCUGAGACUCUGAAGACCCAACUUCAAGAGCCUCACCCGAAUCAUUCUAAGCCCCGCGACCCCCCUCAGGCGCCCGGCGGCCAAGACCUCACGACAGAGGGAGAAGAGCGGGCCGACAAAGGCUGCCAUAACCCGCUGGAGGAGCAGGCUCUCGUCGAUCGACAGCUCCUAAUCGAGACUUACGAGCACCAUAUUCGUUACUGCAAGGAGAUGGCCCUUCCAGGACGCAGCAUUCGCGGGACCCAGCAGCUUUGGAAGAACGCUGCCGAGUCAUAUUGCUUUGACCUGGAAGAGCUGGUGCCGGACCAUCCGUUGACUCGUGUUCCGCGCCAUCCCUUGCUCGCUUUCAUCUUCUCUUCACCAUGA